AUGGCGCCGAGUAGGAGAAGAGGAGCCAGCAGAGCUGCAGCUGCCGCCCGUCGCCAGUGGAAAGUCGGCGAUCUUGUCCUUGCUAAACUUAAAGGUUUCCCUGCCUGGCCUGCCACGGUCACUGAGCCACAGAAAUGGGAUCUUAAGUCUGAUUGGAAGAAAGUACUCGUCUACUUUUUCGGAACUCAGCAAAUAGCUUUCUGCAAUCCUGGUGAUAUUGAACCAUUUACGGAAGAGAAAAAACAAUCUCUUUCGACAAAACGCCAAGGGAAGAGUGCUGACUUUAUUCGUGCUUUGAAUGAGAUAAUUGAUAGUUUUGAAAAGGCAAAGAAACAAGACAGUGUCAAUGAUUUCAGCUCUAGUGAACCAUUUGCAAAUGGUGAGAAUUCUGUGGAAUCAUCCCAGAAUGAUAUUGAAAGCCGGACAGCAACUUCGGAGACAGCUGUUACUUGCAGAGAUGAUCCUACCCAUCCAGAUAAUGAUGCUGCAGAUGUGCCACCAUUAGGUUCCUUUGAUGAUAAAGAAGUGUUGCUGAAGCAGUCUGUCAGUAAGGUAGAAAAGCCUAUUAUAGCUACUUAUACUUCAAGAAAACGAUCUGGAGGUUCUCGAUCUAGGAAAUGUGUUAGUCAAAAGAAAGUAGUAUCACCAGAAAUGCCAAAUAUCUUGCCUCAGCUGGCUUCUGGAAGACUGCAAAACUCUGUACUGUUGUCACAGAGUUCCAGAGAAAAUGUAGGGGGUUUACUAGUUGAUUCAGUUAAAGAAGGGUCAGUUCGGAGAACUAAGCGCAGCAGGAAAUCACCAGAGGUAGUGGAAGAUGAAAUUAAGGAUUUCCCUGCUUUUGUCUCGAAUGGCAGUGUUGAGGAUGAUGUGUCUGAAAUUGUUACAGUUGAUUCUGGCUCUGUCAGCUUAAAUGAUGUCAGUACUGUAGAUAGUUGUUACAAAGUAGAGCACUGCGAGGCAGCUGUUGAGCGUUCAGGGGAAGGAGCUCAGUUGGCUAAAGGUCUUGAUUUUCAGAUAAAGGAUGUUGUAAUUAGAAAGAAGAGGAAACCAAAUAGAAAGAGAGCAACCAAUGAGGCAACCGAGCCAACUACUCAACCAGAUACUGGGGUGAAUUUAGAUGUUGGUGCAAAUAAUACUGGCCCAAACUUGCAACUUAACUCUCGAAAUCAGAAGGAAACUGGUGGUAAAGAAGAUGGAGAUGAACAUCUGCCUCUAGUUAAAAGAGCCAGAGUUAGGAUGGGCGAAUUACCAACUUCCAGAGAGGAACAUGGUACAUAUCAGUCUGAAGGGAAGACCUUGAGUGAUGGUGGCCUCAUUCAGGGGGCACAGAAUAGUGUGCCUCAUGCUGAAGAACGGUCCUCUUUUGAAAUUGCAGUUAAUAUGGGGAACCAGGUUUCCUCGUCUGUGAACUCUGAUGUCGAUUUCCUUGCCACUAAAGCAGUAAAUGAAACUUUGAAUAAUAGUUCACCAUCCGAGAAUAGUCAAAUCCUUGAAGGCAAGGUUCUGCUUUCAAGGGUGAAAGAUAGCCAACCCUUCGGUAAUCUGGCUGUUGGUGAAUCUGCAUUGCCUCCAAGCAAACGGCUUCAUCGGGCCCUUGAGGCCAUGUCUGCAAAUGCCGCUGAAGAAACGUCAACUCCGAAAACUUGUUUAACUGACAGUGCACCUAAAGAUCUUGAAAAUACAGAGAUAGGACACAGUGAAGAUUCUCUCGGCACUAAAGUUCCUGGGUUAUGUUUGAGUUCUAACGAGGCUUUGGAGGAAGGUACUAGACCUUCAAUGAAGGCAGAUAGUCCCAAUGACAAAAUGGAGGUUUCGAGCAGCAAUGAAGCUUCCAUGAAUGAGGUGGCUGAGAAUAUUAACCAUGGCAAUGAAACAUAUCAUGACAGACCGGGUCUUCGACCUAGUGCCAGUGAUACCGCUUCUGUUCAAGGACAAACCUCAGUAAAUUUGAUGCUUGAUGCUGACAGCCAACUUGCUGUUAUUGAAUCAGAUCACGUACCAUUGGACCAACAGUUGCUGCCUCUGGAACAAGGGGAACCUGAAAGCCUUGAAGCAAAUGAUAUGAAAGUGGAAACUCCUGGUAAAGAUCUUGGGGCACUUGAGAAGGAUUCAGAGAGUACUAUUCUCCAUGCUGUUGAAAUUGCUGGAGGAAAUAACCCAAAAGUGCUUCAGGUUAAUGUUGAUGCAAGUAUCUGUGAUGAUUUUGAGUCACACAAGUCUAGAACUGAUGAUGAUCUACUGCCAUUUGGAGGCUACAAACUAGAAAAAGAGGAUCAAAUACUGAUGGAAGCUAGUGGUAUUACUUCCUCUGAUGACCCUUGCUCUGACAAGGAUGCCUUGGGAUCUCAGCUAGCUACAUUGCCAGCUGAUGAAGAAUCUCCAGCAGGGAUGUCCCCAAUCACUACUUCUAUGUGUCAUGUGUCUACUUCAGAAAGUGCUAAUUUCAAUCAGAACAGUGGUGGUUCUAGUCCUAAUACCAAUUCAAACCAGAGGAGAGCCUCUGGAACUACACUUACAGAUGACGAGAAGAUUGAUUCUGGAGCACUUCAAAGACCAAAAUCUGUUGGAAGAUGUAGCAACUAUACAGAAGCACAAUCUGCAUUGUCAUCCUUUGAAGGCAUGCUUGGACUGUUAACGAGGACAAAGGAGAGCAUUGGUCGAGCAACUCGCAUCGCGAUGGACUGUGCUAAGUUUGGUGCCUCGGAAAAGGCAAUGGAAAUUCUAGCUCGUACAUUGGAAUGUGAAUCAAGUCUACACAGAAGGGUGGACCUGUUUUUCCUGGUCGAUUCUGUUGCUCAAUGCUCUCGAGGCUUGAAAGGUGAUGUUGAUGGUGCGUACACUUCUGCUAUUAAAGCAGUGUUGCCACGGCUGCUAUCUUCUGCUGCUCCUCCCGGAAAUUUGGCUCUAGAAAAUCGGAGACAGUGUUUGAAGGUUCUGCGGCUUUGGUUGCAAAGGAGAAUUCUUCCUGAAUCCUUUAUCCGGCAUCACAUUCGGGAGCUAGAUUCACUUGGUGCAUCAACUUCUGCUGCUCCAUACUGUCGUCGGUCGGCAAGAACAGAAAGGGCUCUGGAUGAUCCUAUUAGAGACAUGGAGGGUAUGCUAGUGGACGAAUACGGAAGCAAUUCAAGUUUUCAGCUUCCUGGAUUUUGUAUGCCUCGCAUGCUGAAGGACGAAGAUGAAGGAAGUGAUUCUGAUGGAGGCAGUUUUGAGGCAGUCACUCCCGAACAUAAUUUUGAAACCACCCUUGAAGAACGGGAGUUUUCUGGACCUAUUGCUCCUGAAAAGCAUACUCAUAUACUGGAGGAUGUGGAUGGGGAACUGGAAAUGGAGGAUGUGGCCCCAAUAUGUGAAGUGGAAAUGAGUUCCUCAACCAACAAUGCUUCACACGGCCAGUUUGAACAACAUUUUCCUUCUCAAUAUGCUCCUCCACCAUUGCCGCAGGAGAUGCCGCCAUCAUGUCCUCCAUUACCAUCAUCACCUCCUCCCCCACCUCCUCUGCCGCCAGCUGUUGGCCAUCAAUCCUGUGGAACGCGUGAUGCCCAUGUCAGUAAUAGUCUUGAUGCAAGGCCUUACAGGAAUUCACAUUGCCAUCCUUCUGAAUGUAGUAGAGAUCAGGCAGACCUGCAGUUUUAUGACAAUUGCAAUACUUCGGGCCGUGGGAUGAGCAAUGGUCACUAUAUAGAUGGACCUAGCUAUCGCCAUAAGUCUCAUCCUCCAAGACCAUCUCAUCUUCCGCCGGCGAACCAUUAUUCCUACGUUCAUGGAGGCGGCCAACACAUAAAAUCCAGGAGAGAGACGCCCCCUCCACCCCCACCACCAUCAUACUCCUCACAUAGAUACCACUCGUCACAUGAUAGUGAAAGUGGCAACUUUUAUAACAAUCAUGACAGAAUGAGACCUGGCCCAUACGAGUUUGGCGAGAACUGGAGAUAUGGUGCACCCCCCUAUCCUGGACAUCGAUAUCCUGAAAAGUCCAGGUCGUCAUAUGAGCCUGCCCCUUAUGCAAGGCCCUCUCGUGAGCCAAGGUUACCCCAUCAUCAAGGAUGGCAAUAUCCUCCUAGGGGUCAUCACAGGGAAUUCAUGCAUUCUGAUGGUCCGGUUUCGGUGACGAACAGAGGUCCAAACAUGUGGCGGCACAGAUAG